GGUUUGUAUCACUUGGGGAAAAUGGCACGCUCGCUUCCUUUACGGACGUCACUUCCGCCUCCUCCUUAGCAAAGCAAGAUGGCGGCCGUCGUAGAGAGAGUUGAUGGAUGUGUUGGGUCCUUGGACUCAGACGCGGUGUCACCGAGACAGUCCACUCCUCCGCCGGACCAGCCGCACCAGAACAACCCGCUGUUAGGACUUCCUAUCGUGGCCAUUGAGACUAUUCUCAAUUUUCUGUCUUACGACGAAAUCAGCCUGCUUCGCUCGGUGUGUAAGCGCAUGGACAUGAUCUGCCAGCGGGUCCUGAAUCAGGGCUUCCUGAAGGUGGAGCGGUACCACAGUCUGUGCCAGAGACAAGUCAAAGCCCAGCUGCCCAGGCGGGAGUCGGAGAGGAGAAACCAUUCCCUGGCCCGUCACGCUGACAUCCUGGCUGCCGUGGAGACACGUCUCUCUCUGCUCAACAUGACCUUCAUGAAAUAUGUCGACUCCAACCUCUGCUGCUUCAUCCCUGGAAAGGUGAUCGAUGAGAUUUAUCGCGUGCUGCGCUACGUGAACUCCACUCGAGCCCCGCAGCGAGCUCACGAGGUUCUGCAGGAGCUGAGGGACAUCUCCUCCAUGGCCAUGGAGUACUUUGAUGAGAAGAUCGUCCCCAUCCUGAAGAAGAAGCUGCCGGGGGCCGACCUGUCGGGCCGCCUCAUUGGUUCUGCACCAGUGGCAGGUCCGUCUACCUCCCUGACCACCAUGUCCCUGCUGGCCAAGAACACGCCGUCACGCUCUGAGAUGACCAAGGUGCAGCAGCAGGUGAAGGUGAACGGGGCGUCCAUGACGGUGCUGCGGAGGGAGAUGCAGGAAAUUCGCGUGAAGCAGCUGGAGCAGCAGAAGCAGCUGCAGGACCAGGAGCAGAAGCUGCUGGAACAGACCCAGGUGAUCGGUGAGCAGAACGCCCGCCUCGCAGAGCUGGAGCACAAGCUCCGCGAACUGAUGGACAGUAGUGCUGCUGCUAUGGGAGGACCCAGGCCCAGCACGGCUGUUCCCUCCACAUCCAGCAGCGCUGCCGUGUCUUCCACUGUUGCCAGCACGUCUGGUACUGUGUUGGCAACCGGCAGCGUGGCCGCGGCCUCUAUACCCAUAGAGCCAGAGGGCGAGGGGGGGUCAUCACUCAAACGCACCAGAAAGAGCCCAGACCUUCCACGACAGUCCAAACGGCUGCGCAGCAAGAAAUAAGAGACUGAGUGUGUCAUUUAGUUCAAGUUUUGUUUUUGGUUUCGGGGUCUGACUGAUCACACCUUACCCACCCACCCCAACCCGCGUCACUUCCCACCAACACUUAUACCCUGUGCUGUCUGUCAGAGGAGGCAGGAGUAUCCCUGUAGGCUUUACCCCAAAAUACACAAACUGCUCAUGGUGUUGGAUUGGACAAUAGUGUUACAUGGCUCACUGCUGUCCACAGGUGAAACACUGAGCCCACAGCAUCAUCAGGACUUUGCACAACGUUGACAUGGUCAACAUUUGUUUGUUACAUACUGUUGAAGUCUUUUGUUAUUCUAUAUUUUUCCUAUUAUUAACAGAUCCCAUGUAAACACCCAAACGUCUCAGCACUUUCUGCUCCGAGCCCAUUGGUUCCUUCUGAAGAUGUAAAUCUUUAAAAUGUGUAAUUUGCUAAAACAGCUGCUCACUGUAGUUUUUAUCGGACUAUUUUAAGCAGUGGAUUAAUCUGUGUUUGGAGCUCCAGCAGGAUAGUGUGUGUGAGACUGAGUCAAAAUAAACUACAGUGUGUGUUCAUGGUGAUGAAGGAAGAUGUCGCCCAGUGCAACAGUGAGACUCACUGAUGUAGUUUUAAUACUUUUUGGAAACAGUGGAGCUCUAUGGCUCAGACACACACACACAUAUAUAUAUAUGUAUAUAUAUAUAUGUAUGUGUGUGUGUGUGUAUAUGUAUGUGUGUAUAUAUAUAUAUAUAUAUAUAUAUAUACACACACACACAUACAUGGACACACAGUAGUUGUUGGUGGGAUCAAUUCAUCGUUGGUUUGGGUUCUCACAUGGGAUUUGACGAUAAGAAAUAAAAUAUAGAAUAUCUCUGGACUCACAAAGCUGUGUAGACAGGUGGUCGGCCUUUUGCAUCUUAGAAGUCUGUUUAUUGAAGGUUGCAUUAAAAUGACUGUACAGCUUUUUAAUGUAGAUUCUUUUCUAAGAGGCUCACGUUUAUGAAUAGUUUGGUAGCAAUUCAGAUGGUUGGUGAAUUUGGUUUACAAACGUCGCUCAAGUUCUUGUUUCUGAGAUUUUAUUUUGGAAUCGUACAAAACUAAAAAGAUAUCACAGUAAAAAUACAGAGCCAUGACAGUUAAAAACGAUCGAACCUAAUUGAAGUUGCAUGUUAGUGGUAAUCAGUGACCACUUUCUAAAUCCAUAAACAUUUAUAUCAUUCACUUGCUUCCUACUAACUCGGCUAUGUGCAAUAAAAAUCAUCAAAAAAGUAAUAAGUAAUUUAUAUUCCUCGCCAGUAGCUUGGUUCUUUUCAGUCGCAGCUCAGAUCUGUUCAGUCUGAUCAGGUCUUGAAUCUCCAUAAACAGGAAGGACGGGGGGGAAAGGCCGUGCUCAGGUGUCUGUGUGGACGUUUAGAAAGGGGUUUCACCUCCACAGAUGUUGUUGUCCUCUGGUUCUUAGAGAUGCAGCGGCGAUGAAGGAACCCACGGCUCCACAGUGGGGGAAAAUCAUUUCUUUAAAAGGUUUCCGGUGACAGCACCUGAUGUUCAUGCUUCACUCUCACAUUAGAAGUUACUACAUGUGCUUUGCUCAGGAGGACAGACAAACUAUACAACUACUGUUUGGCAUCUGUGCUUUAAGGAUCAUACCAGUGUUUUUAUCUAGUUCGUCCCUCGUGCUACAAAUAACGUGCAGGAAAUGUCACUGUUUUCUGAACAUGACGUUUCUACUUUGCAGGCAGCCGUUGAUUUUUAUUCAUUCCUGUUGAUUUCUGUUCAUUUCAAAAUUGCAUCAUGACUUUCUUUGAUUUUCAAACUGUAAAAAACUUUGUCCUGUUUUCUCAAUCGGACGAACUGUCCGUGCAGCUGCACAGUCGUGCUUCAAUUUAUAAUUAACAAAAUAUAUUUCCUCAAGGUCCACUCACAAGCCUUUUGUGGAGCUUUCAACCACAUCCCACAGUCUUCAUCCUUGGAAACAGUAGUUUGAAGGUUGUGAGUUAAGAUGUUUUGUCAAAUUGAAAAUAGUUUGGCAAAAUAUUUUUUAUUCAAAGUCGCUUCCUAGCCUUUUCUGACACUUUCAACCACAUCUCACAGUCUUCAUCGGUGCAUGACAUCUGAGCAACCUCUUCCACUGAUGAAGACCUGCAGAUGUUGAAAGCGCUGGUAAGUGCUUCUUCAAUUCAGAGUAUCUUGUCACAUUGGAAUUAGUAAUUUGAAGACUGUAAGAUGUGGUAGAAAGCUCUGGGGAAAAAAAGCUAUUAUGUGGACCUUGAUUUAUAUUUUUUCUACCAAAAUAUUAUUUCCAAUUUCAAAACAGAAUUAUAACUCCUGGUCCACUUCCUGGAUUUUUAUCAGAGCUGUCAGCUGUAUCUCACAGCCCAGAUAUCAUGUCCAACAAACACCUGCUGGAUUCAGACUGUUAUUUGUAGUGAAUCAGUGGAAAGGCAGAAAAACACUUGUGUGGUCCUUAGGUGAAAGUAGAAAUGAUGUAAAUCUUUUUCAAGUAUACUGUGUGUUGUACUGACAUUUAAAGGGGCUGUUCUCUUCCUCUCUGGUGCCACGCUGAUAGUUCUGUUGUUUCUCGUCCAUGUUUAGUGAUAUCUGUCUCAGACUUCCGCCUCGCUGAAAGGCGUGAGUCUACGUGCAUGGAUCAAUGCUGCCGGAGGGAAGAGAGGAAAAUAUAUUGAAGUGGUGUCAUUGUUUAAAAGAAAUCUUUCUGUUGUAACACCAACAUUGAAAGUGAAGUUUAGACUCGGCCCCGCUGUGAUCAGUGUAAGGGAACCACCUGAACUUGUGGCUGGUUUGCAGUGACAGUAGUGGUUUGCUGUUAGAGAAGCAUCGUCUCAGCUCCUGUGCAGCGGCGCUCUGUCCCUCUCCUGUACAAACCCGUCUCUUUCCCGCCUUGUGAGGCUAGGUUAGCUGUGAGCCCAUAUUGUGGCUGCACUUUUCCUUUCUUCAUUUGAAGCUUUUUCCGUUGAUGAUGACCUGAACCACUCAUGAUAUGAACUUUGGGGAAAGAAACUUUGGAAAUUGCAGUUCACAUCUUGGUGAACACUAGGGUGUACUAUAAUGACACUGGGCAGCAAAACACAAGAAGAUGUAAUCUAGUGGCUUAAUUUGAGACUGCGUCUCAGUUUAGAAAACUGUACUGUAAUCUUCAUGUACUUUAAAGUGUAGAUUGUGAAUUAUUUCAUGUAUGUAUACCAAGAAAACUAUCUUCUGAGUUGGCCAACUUGGGGUUAACUGUAUGGUUUUGUUGCACACAUUACUGUUACAAAUGUACAAAUCAAACCUAUUAAAACUCAACUUAUCCACAAAUGUA